UGAGCACCACGCGCCCUGAACAUCUCUCCUCCGUGACGACCCUCCGGUGAUCUCUCCCUCCUCAGCCUCAGCUCGGAGUCUCUCUCUCCUCAGCUCUUCAGCUCCUCAGCCUCUCCACACGCUGCAUCAGCUGAUGCGUCACGUGGUCUCGUGUCGUGGGUCACCCCUUUUACAAAAUGGAGUUGUCUGAGUCUGUGCAGAGAGGGCUGCAGUCCCUCGCCGACCCGUCCGCCUUCGACCAGAUCAGCUUCCAGGUGCUGGUGGACGUGUCUUUCCGGAGCCUGCUCUCCUCUCGGGGGGACCCCGGAGUCCUCGAUCAGCCCGAGCUGAAGCGGCUCGACCAGAUCCUGCUCAAGCAGAGUCACACCGCGGCCACCACCUUCAUACUGGAGGCGGUCAAACAGAGCGCGGACAAGUCGACGAUAAGCUCCUGCCUAGAAGAACUCACAUUCAGUGCAGAGAGAAUAGAAAUAUUCUACAGCACCUAUCAGAAACAUAAAACAGAGCUGGACCGUGUGUUAGCGAGCAUAGGGAGGUGUCCACCUCGGGUUAACGACGUGUCGUGGCGUCUACAAUACCACAUGAAGAACUCCCAGGUCGACAAGGUCAACGAGCCCGUCUACCUGAUCUCACUGGACACUGAGAAUGAAGGAUCCUCGGAGGAUGUCAGCUUCACCUGCACGAUGGAGCAGCUACAGGAUCUGGUGGGGAAGCUGAAGGACGCUGCCAAGAGUGUGGAGAAAGCCAGUCAGAUGUGAUGUCCUGCUCCCCUCGCCUCGCCAAGCACUGACCUCCAGCAGCUUCCAGCGCCACUGCUCAGCUCUUCUUUUCUGUUUGUCUGUUUUGUACCUGGCAUUGACGUGGCAUUUCAUUCCAACUUGUGUUUCACUAGUAAAUAAAAGAAAUAAAAGCGCCAACAAAACGAAUGAAACUCCA